GGUGCGUUCGUGACGUCAUAACCCUAGUUGCUGUAGCGCGAGGGAGAGAUUUAUUCUCAGGAAGUCUGUUUUUUUAAUUGUCCACACAGGUGUACUAACACCUUUUGAAACGUUGGUUUAGACUUUUUGAUUAUUUAACUUGAUUUACCUGGUCAUUUGGACGUUUUAGACGAAUAUAAACUAGUAGAGGUAAAGCAUAGGAAAUGGGUAAAAAACUGAAGGAAGAGAGCUUGGAUUCCGUGGAUUCGUUGGAAUAUGGGGAACCUGCUCAGUAUGACCCCACCUUCAAUGGACCCAUUCGGAAAAGAGGCUGCACUGAUAUCAUCUGCUGUGUUCUCUUCAUGGUCGUGAUCCUUGGCUACAUGGCAGUGGGAAUUUUGGCCUGGCUUUAUGGUGAUCCCCGGCACGUCCUCUACCCACGGAACUCUACUGGAAUGUUCUGUGGCAUCGGGCUCAAUGUAGCUCAACCCAGCGUGUUCUACUUUGACAUACUGAAAUGUGCCACAUCAAUCAACGUCAUGGCCGCUGUCCUUAAUGGGUUACAGUGCCCCACCACACAAGUGUGUGUGGAAAAGUGCCCAGAUGUAUUCUGGGCUCUGAAUCCUUUGGCCUACUUACCGAAUGCCAAGCCACGAGACUACUUCAACCAAACACUCUGCGUGCCAUCUUUUGACCUAGCAUCAACUAAACUGAAUGUUAAAGAAAUUGUGGAUCAAGAGCUGUGCCCAUUCUUCUACACUCCUACAAUCUCUGUUCUGGGAAGAUGCAUACCUGAUGUUACCGCUCUGAAAAAUAUUCCUAAUGACUUUGUCAAUACGCCAGGCUUGCCAUCAAGCAUCAAUGAUACAGUCAAUGGCAUCAGGAACGCCACAGGUGACAUAGUAAACAGCUUCAAUGCCAAGGAGAUCGGAGUGAGAAUCUUUGAGGACUUUGCGUCAUCAUGGCAGUGGAUCAUCGCUGCUCUAGUCAUAGCCAUGGUUGUCAGUUUUCUGUUCCUCCUCCUCUUGCGGUUCAUCGCCCCUGUUAUGGUCUGGGUCCUUAUAUUUGGAGUUUUGGCAGUAGGUGCCUAUGGUAUAUAUCACUGCUGGUGGGAAUACGACAACUACCGAAAGUCAACCGUCUCCAUCGCUGACAUAGGCUUCACCACCGACUUCAAGGUCUACCUUCAGGUUAAGGAGACCUGGCUGGCCUUCUUGAUAAUCCUAUCUGUGGUAGAGGGUAUUCUUCUCCUGACCUUGAUCUUUCUACGGACCAGAAUCCUCAUCGCCAUCGCUCUCAUCCAGGAGUCCAGCAAGGCUGUCAGUCACAUGAUGUCUACACUGUUCUACCCUCUCGUCACCUUUGUUCUCCUGGUGGUGUGUGUGGCCUACUGGGGCAUCACUGCUCUGUAUCUGGCCACUUCAGGCAAUCCAGUGUACAAAGUGGUGACUCUCAACUCUACUCAGGGUAACUGUGGCCAAAUCGGCGGCAAUGUGACCUGUGACCCACAGACAUUCUACAACUCUACAGACUACUCGUGGUGCCCGUCGGCGCGCUGCAUCUUCAUCAAGUACAACAACGAGGGCCUGCUGCAGAGGAACCUGUUUAACCUGCAGAUCUACAACGUGGUGGCCUUCCUGUGGUGCAUCAACUUUGUCAUCGCCCUGGGCCAGUGCACCCUGGCUGGGGCCUUCGCCUCCUACUACUGGGCCUUCAGCAAGCCCUCGGACAUCCCCACCUUCCCCUUGUCCCAGGCCUUCAUCCGCACACUACGAUACCAUGUUGGCUCCCUGGCGUUUGGUGCUUUGAUCCUCACCCUCAUCCAGGUAGUUCGAAUCAUCCUGGAGUACCUGGACCACAAGACCAGAGCGGCUCAAAACCCCUGUGCUCGGUUCCUUAUGUGCUGUCUGAAGUGUUGCUUCUGGUGUCUGGAGAAGUUCAUAAAGUUCCUCAAUAGAAACGCCUACAUCAUGAUUGCCGUAUAUGGAAAAAACUUCUGUGUCUCCGCGAAAAACGCUUUCAUGCUUCUAAUGAGGAACAUUGUCAGGGUGGUGGUGUUAGAUAAAGUGACGGACCUGCUGCUCUUCUUUGGGAAGCUGCUAGUGGUGGGAGGAGUAGGAGUCCUGGCUUUCUUUUUCUUCUCUGGCAGAAUAAGACUACCAGGCAGCAAUUUCCGUACAGAAAUGCUCAACUACUACUGGAUGCCCAUUAUUGUGGUUGUGGUGGGAGCGUACCUCAUUGCUCAUGGAUUCUUCAGUGUGUACAACAUGUGUGUGGACACACUCUUCCUCUGCUUCUUGGAGGACUUGGAGCGACAUGACGGAACGAUGCAGAAGCCAUACUACAUGUCCAAGAACCUGAUGAAAAUCCUCAAUAAAAAGAACAAGGGACCUAAAAAGGGCAAAGGAAAGGAUUGAUGAAAUAUUGCCUUGAGAUUAAUCACUGUAUAGCACAGUCACUUUCAACAACCUAGAAAUACCCAAAAACAUCACAUCCUAGAAAUAUAAUUAUGUUUUUUUAGUUUUAUAUUUCAGCCUUAUCACAAAUUUGAUAACUUUUUUUGCACUUUCAAUUUGAGAUUACAUGUGACCACACGUGUGAUAUGAGAGAUUUUCUUACGUUCCAGCUAUUUCUCCUAACAAUUUGAAGUGACCAAAGCUAGAGCUGUUUAUUCGUCUCUGACCAAAACCAAAUGUUUAUUCUCUUGCAGUGCUUAUUUGUUUUCAGAAAAGAGACAAUUUUCUCAAGUCAACAAAUGAUUUAUCAGAACAAAAACUUUUGAGACAGAUCAUCACAAUAAGUUUUAAAUACUUUUUUAUGAUCCUCAGUACUCUGUAGUCUUUUUUUUUUAAGUGAAACUAACAGUUUUAUGAUUACAUGUUUUUGUUUUUAUAUCCUGUAGAUAUUUAUUAAUAAUUUUGACAAUUUAUUAAAGACUUUUAUAAUGGUAUUUCUAUUUUUUUUAUCCAUGCUGACAUCACCUGUAUGUUGCCUUGUGUAAUGAUGGAUUCCUCUAUAGGAAAAUAGCUCUGGUUUAUUUCACACAUCUGCUUAAAGCAGUGGUGCAUGUGAUCUUCUGAAAUGCUCUGUUGAAAAUCAUGACACUUGCAGGCACUUGUACAUGGGCGCUGAAGAAGAAGCUCUCUUUUUAGCAGAACUUAUCGCAAGUCAGAGGUAUGAGGUGUCUGAACUGGGGCCCUACUUCUAUUCUUAUAAAGUACUGGACCCUGAAACAAACCACAUUCAGUCUAGAGUGAGUGUGUUCAUCCAUUUGGCUGCACUAAACACAAUUCAUUUUAGUUGUCAAAGAUUAAUGUUAAUUUACCUACUAAUAUCUCAUGUCAAAAUCUCACUACAUUCCUCAACCUCUUGUCUGUGGAGAUCCAGAGAGAGAAGUCAUGUGGGAGUUUGCAGUCGUCAUGUUGUAUCGUGAUCUACUUCAGGAUAGAUUCAUCACGUGAUCGGUCAGUAGUCCAGUACAUGAGAGCGCAUGCCUUUAUUGUUAAAUCAUUUGUAAUAAAGUCACGUUAACUUGA